AUGGUGGAUGAAAGCGUUCACUCGGGGAAGCUGGAGAUCAAGAAGCUCCUCUCUUCCCGGUCCGACCGCGUGAAGUGCGUCGACAUCCACCCCACCGAGCCGUGGGUACUCAGCGCUCUCUACAACGGCCAUGUCUUCAUCUGGGACUACCAGGCGAGCUCGAUGGUCAAGUCGUUCGAGGUGUGCCAGCUUCCGGUCCGGUGCGCCCGUUUCAUCGUGAGGAAGCAGUGGUUCAUCACGGCGAGCGAUGACAUGCACAUCCGCGUCUUCAACUACAACACCAUGGAGAAGGCAAGAGGGGGCUGUUUUCGUUUUUCGUUUUCGUGA